AUGGACGAUUUGGUCCAAAAAAUAGCAAGCAGUGCGGCGAAGGGAAAAAACAAAAGUCCACAAAUUCAGAGGGAGACUGGGGGAGAAAGUUCUGCGAAGUUUGAAACUCCUGGGGGAUAUGUAUUUUUAAGAUUGAGAGCAUAUGCCGGCGGGGAACCUCUGCAGAAAGACGAGAAGGAGAAGGAAAUUAAAGCAUCAUAUGUUAAAAUAUCAGGCCAAAAAACAAGCUAUGACUGCGCUAUCUACGUUAUGAAGUGGCUUGAGUUAAUUGAGCCGGAAAACAUUAAAAAGGGGAAGUAUAAAUGGGAUAAUUGGAAACAGGAGGAGGUGGACUACUAUAGAGUGGAGUAUGCUUCCCGGAUACUAUUCAGUGAGAUGAAUAAACAGAGAGAUCGGGCAAUUAGAGAGAGUAGUGCUAUAAGGCUGUCGAAGCCAUCCUCUGUAUUAUUGAGUCCGUUUUGUCAGAUAAAUUCUGCUGAUAUAGAAACUGCGUAAUCCAACUGUGGG